AUGGCUUCAAACAGUCUGUUCAGCAGCAGCAGCCCGAUGCUGUACUGGGAUCCUGUGGUGAAGCAUCGGCCAUCACCCACCAGCCGCCAACUGGACGACCAGGAGGUGAGGCCCCUCCACCAGCGCAGCACAGCGCCACCCAGAGGCCUGGUGCAGACUGAUAGCCCCAACUUCCUCUGCAGCAGCCUGCCGCCGCACUGGAGGUGUAACAAGACCCUGCCAAGAGCUUUUACUGUGGUUGCCCUGGGCAACGACGUGCCAGACGGCGUGGUGGUCACAGUGAUGGCUGGCAAUGACAUCAACAGCAGCGCCGAGCUACGCAACGCCACAGCGACCAUGAAGCAAGGCUACGCCCACUUUAAUGAUCUCCGCUUCAUAGGCCGCAGCGGGAGAGGCAAGAGUUUCACACUUUCCAUCAACGUGCUCACCUCGCCGCCUCAGAUCGCCACCGUGCACAGAGCCAUAAAAGUCACAGUGGAUGGACAGAGACUACCGAGACGACAGAGGCAGAAGGAGGUGAAGUCAGGAGUGUUCAGGUCACCGAUCAGCAGCACAGCAUCGUCAGAUUGUAGAUCCUUCUCCUCCUCUCUGUGGGCCAAUGAGCCGUCCUUCCUUCAGGUGACUUCUCUGGCCUCCUCCUUCACUCCAAGUCCCAGAAUGCACCACCUGCCUCCUUUCUCCUACUCCAACCAGCCCACACCCUACAGCUCCUACAUGUCUUCUCCUGCUCUUCCUCCUCCCCCACCGAUGAGUCACAGUGGUCCGUUCCAGCCGGCCAACUUCUACUACGGACCGAACCAUUCGCUCCAAACCACGGGGGAGGACCGCAAUGUGGUCACAGCUCUGUCCAACUAUAUAGAAGGGGCGUGUCUUUCUUUAAGAGGGGAGGAGCCUGUCUGGAGGCCUUAUUGAUCGUCUUUAAAAAAAGAAUAUUGUUGUUUUUUUUCUGUUGCAGUGAAUUUGCUGUUCUUAUUUUUUGUAUUUUUAUGAAAAUAUUGUAUUUAAUUGUUUCUGAUUAUUAUUUAUUUAUCCUUUAAUAAUAUACAUGCACUAAAAC